AUGAAGUUGGUCGUGAUCUUUUGGUUAUUUUUGGUGAGUUGCCAUGGCGAGUCAGUACGGCAGGCCAGAAAGUUCCCAGAUGACUUUUGGUUUGGGGCUGCUAUCGCCGCUUACCAAGUUGAGGGUAGAUCGAAUGCUAAUGGCAAAGGUGAAAACAGCUGGGAUUAUAUUACUCACAAUAAUCCGGAGUACACUAUAGACUUCGCUAAUGGAGACAUUGCUGCUGACACAUACAAUAACUACAAGAGAGAUGUGGAGAUGAUGGGAGAAUUAGGUCUCGAUGCCUACCGCUGUUCACUUUCUUGGUCGAGGAUACUUCCACAGGGAUUCACCAAUAAGGUUAACGAAGCUGGCAUCGCUUUCUAUAAUAAGGACAUCGAUGAAAUGCUAAAAUACAACAUUCAAACUUUAGUCACUCUGUACCAUUGGGAUCUACCACAACCUUUACAAGAGCUGGGUGGAUUUGCUAAUCCUUUAUUCUCGGAGUGGUUUGAAGAUUACGCAAGAGUGGCUUUCAAACGUUUGGGAGACAGAGUGAAAUUCUGGAUUACGUUUAACGAACCGAGGGAGAUAUGCUAUGAGGGUUACGGAGCUGAUACUAAAGCACCUGUCGUAAAUGCUACUGGCGUGGGCACAUAUAUUUGCUCCAAAAAUCUGCUCAUAGGCCAUGCUAAGGCAUAUCACGCAUACGCUAAUGAUUUUAAACCCACUCAAAAUGGGUAA